UCUUCAUCUCUCCACAUUGAUUAUCCAAGCCUGUCUGCAGCUCCUCCCUCUCCUGAUCCCAGCUCCCAGCCUGCUGAGUUCCCAGGAGUGCAGGGGUGUCUUUCGCACAAAGAGGGAGGGGAAAAAAAAAAAAGAAAGCAUUUUUAAAGAGUCUUUGCUGCCUUCCUGGCCAGAAUACCUGAGCAGACCUGGAAAGGUGGACAACCUUUAACUGGAGGACCAUGCCCCCUCAGGACCUGUCCAUGGAGUACACGUCACACUUUGCACCCCCUGUGCCACCUCACAUGCCUAAGCCUUUACCUACAGAUGGGUGUCAGGAGAGGAACCUGAAAUGCGUGCUUCUGGGAGAUGGUGCGGUGGGCAAGACCAGCCUUCUGGUCAGCUACACUACCAAUGGCUACCCAACUCGAUACAUUCCUACGGCGUUCGAUGACUUCUCAGCUCUGGUCCAAGUUGACAACACCCCAGUGAAGCUGCAGCUGUGUGAUACUGCAGGCCAGGAUGAAUUUGACAAGCUGCGCCACUUCUGCUACCCAAAAACGGAUGUUGUCAUCCUGUGCUUCAGUGUGGUCAGCCCAUCGUCCUUCCAGAAUAUAUCAGAAAAGUGGAUCUCUGAGAUCCAGUGCCACUGCCCCAAUGUGCCUGUUGUUCUAGUGGGUACCCAGUGUGACCUUCGUGAGGACGUCAAAAUCUCGAUCCAGUUGGCACGGUAUCGAGAGAAACCUAUACCCCAGUCCUCUGGCAAAGCCCUUGCUGAGAAAAUUGGGGCUGUGGGUUAUGUGGAAUGCUCCGCUCUCACUCAAAAGAAUCUGAAGGACGUGUUUGACCUGGCCAUCCUUUCUGGCCUCCGCUAUUCUGACCUGCGAAACCAGCGGGAGAGAAAAGUGGCAGCUACAGCCAGCAAGAUGAAAACACUAUCUAAAGCUUGGUGGAAAAAGUAUGUGUGUGUAUAGACUUUGAGCCGUUUUUAUGACACACAGUCAAGUGCCUUAUGAUAAGAGCUAACCUUUGGGGAAUGGUGUCAAGACCAAACAAGACACCAUUCCUGGACUAUUGAGAUGAGUUCCCAGGUGCAUAAAGACUAGAUGGGGCACGGACUGAAUAAACCAUAAAGCCCUUGGGAGAGACUGUACCUGGGCACUAGACUAACCUACAUAACGACCUUCUGACAUCCAUUCUUCGAGGGAUAUAUCCAAAUUGCACCUAUGUUUACACUGGAUAAGAUUCUGAGCUGCAAUGGGUCAGAAAGAAGCUUGGUAACCAGGAUGAUGUCUAUACAGGACUAAUAUAAUGAUUACUUUAUAAAGCUACCUUCUGAUGGUGGCUGAAUUCCUUAAAUAGCUUCUGUUUUAGGAAGCGUGCAGAAUAUUAUCUUCUAAUACUAUGUAUUAACAUUGACACCUGUGUCUUAGAGCGAAAGGAUGACUUAGCCACUCUUACUGUUCUAACCAACUUGGUCAACCUAAGGCUCUGCAGCUGCUGUGAAAUUGCCAAUCGUCACCUGCUGGGACUUGUGGUUCCGCAACAGCUAAAGAGGUUAGGUUUACUUAAACUUUGCUCAGUUACUUCUUCCAUAGGAUUAAGUGUGCGGUCAUCCCUUCCCAUAACACAUCCGAUUUCUGUUCUAUCGGUCUCAUUAAUGAAGCUUUACAAGCAUUUAUUUGGGACACAAAUGAUCUCAUUUUAUGUGAUUUCUGUUUGCAAAUAAAAUCAU